AUGGGUAAUAUCUUUACCACCACCUUUGAACGUUAUAAACGCAAGAUUCCAACAAAUCGUUGUAAAGUCUCAAAAUCAAAUAAUUCAAAUAAUUUUUCAAAAUUAAAUAAUUCCAGUAAUUUUUCAAACUGCUAUGAUAUAAAUGGUCUUAAUAAUAAGGAAAGUGACCGUUUAACAAUGCAACAUUUCGUUACUCGUAGCAUAUUUAAAUCCAAUUUUUGCGCUCCUGUGGAUGAUAUAUUGCAAAUGCCUGGAGCAAAAGUACUGGAUGUGGGAUGCGGUCCAGGAACAUGGCUACAUGAUAUGGCAUUCGAUUUUCCUCACGCGCAGUUUACAGGUGUUGAUAUAUCACCUAUGUAUCCAAAGUUCAUUAAGCCACCUAACGUAGAAUAUUUGCAAGCAAAUUUUCUCAAAGGACUCCCUUUCAAAAAUGACACUUUUGAUUUUGUCGUCAUACGAAAUAUGAUCACCGCAUUGACAAUUGAAGAUUGGGAGAUAACUCUCCAAGAAUUAACUAGGGUCUGCAAACCUAGAGGUUAUGUUGAGAGUACGGAAUUUGGAAUUCCUGCACUCAACGAAGGUCCCAUGUCCUCCAAAAUAUGUAAAACAUGGAUCAAUACUAUGAAAUCUAAAAAUAUUGAUCUUUCUUUCUCAGUUCAUUUACCAGAACUAUACUCAAGCUUUUUAAAUCAAGUCGGUUCAAUUUCUCGAUGCGUAACUAUAGGUUUACGAGGUGAUCAAGUAGGUAAAGAUAUGGCCGAAAAUUUAUUAAUGCUUGCUAAAGCAUUACAACCGGCUCUGGCUCCUGUAAUGUGUUCUACAGAUCAAGAAUAUGAAGAACACAUAGAAAAGUUUCGAAAAGAGUUAGAGGAAUAUGAAGCAAUUUGCAACAUUCAAGUUGUGUGGGGGUCUAAAAGUCUGUAG